CCCGUGGUUCAUCUCGCUCGCCGCAUGCUCCAGAUUCCCGUUCUUAGUUCCCCAUUCUCUUCUCCAACCUUGCCGACCGACCAACGAGAAAAAUUCAUCGACCGCCCAGUGGCCCGCCUGCAGUACAAUAAACACGCGAAAUCCCACGUCUUCAAACUAUUUCUCAUCACGUGACCCUCCUCGACUAGACGAAAAAAAACACCACCCGCACGACACGCCUUUGGAUGCGCGACGACUUUGGCCCCUGAUAGCCAUCCUUCCCACCCUGAACGCGCCCAGAUAGAUGCCUCAGCCCACCCAGAGCUCCUCGUAGAGGCUGCCAACCCUGGCGCCCAUCCAUCCUCUCCCCCAGCGACCUGACGGCCCCCUCGAUCACUGGCGAGGUGCAUAUUGGGGCAUGAAUAACCCGGCCGCCUACACUCCUCUCGAGUCCCUCUUCCUGUUCCAAGCCAUCCUUAAGCACGGCGUCGAGGCUGCCGCCUUCAUCAAGGUCUCGGAUCUUCUCGUCAACAACUCGCUGAUCAAGGAUGACAAGACCUACGACGCUAAACGACUGAGCCCGGAUGCGCUCCGACAACUCUUCCUGCACCUGUUGCAGGAAGAGCUCCGGAGCGAGGCCGCCACCGCCGAUAAGCCCGAUGGCACCUUGUCGCCCAACUCCAAGAAGCGCAAGCUCAACCGUCCGCCGUUGCCUACGUUGAAGGAGGUGAAGGAACAGCUGCACAAGCUCCCGGCUCUUGUUGAUCGGCUCUAUGCAAGGUACAAAGCUCACGUCGUAAAGGAUGUCAGAGAUGACGAGCGGCGCAUCGAAACACUGGCAAGAGAGCUUCAGGUUCUCGAGGCACAAGAGGCCAACGAACGGGCCAAGGCCAACGCGCACCGCCAAGCAGCUCCAAACGGCACCUCCGGCCUCAAGACGACUCCGACGCCUGUCCCAAUACCAUCGCCCGCGCAUGUCCGGCCGUCAGCAAAUACAGCAUCAACCCCGCCUAUCGCACCCAACCCUACACCGGCAAGGCGAGAUGCUGCUCCUCCAGGCGUGCCUCAACCGUCGCCCGUGGCUCCUCCGGCGCAAGCUGUCUCCGCAGCCGGGGGACCAGCUAUGACACCUACCACCACCCCAGUAGUCAAACAACACCCGCCCCCUAAACCUCCCAGUAGCUCUGGCCAGGUUCUGCAACCUCCUAGCAGCGCUAUCCACCCACCCGUACGGCCUGGUCAGUCGACAUCGCCAGUUCCUCUGCCGACGAUUUCACCUCGGCCAGACAGCAUUGCGAAGUCCCGUACGUCAGGGCCGGCAACACCUGCGCAGCCCUCAACACCAGGAACCCUCAAAUGGGAGAAGCCAUAUCAACCUGCCACUCCAGCAUCGCAGUCACAAGGCCGUCCCGUGAUGCCGCCAAAUAUCCCUACAACAUCCGCUCCGUCGACUCCCGGCCAGCCACAUCAUCCGUCACAACGGUACCCUCAACCGACAGGGCAAUACCACGGGCCACCGCAGCCACCACACGUUCCAAUCCAGCCAAACCCUGCACAAAGAUAUCCCCAGCAACCGCAGCCGGUAUUGGUGCCGCCUCAACCGCAGACUCAGGCUCAGGCGCAGGCGCAGGCUCAUCCUCAACCCCAGGGUCAGGCCACAGCACAAAGCCUCGCCCAGGUCCAGGCCCAGUCUCAGCCUCAGCCUCAAUCUCCCCAAGCUCAGCCGAAGGGGCAGCCAAAGGGGCAGCCGAAGGGACAGCUAGUGGCACCAAUGCAUUCCACACCGGUGAAAGGCCCUCCAGAGAGGUCUGCUAUCCAGCCCCCGCAGGGUCGUCCGUUAUCAACGACCCCGAUUGCCCCUCCUGUGCGGCCACAGCCGACCCAGCAGCAACAACAACAGCAGCAGCAGCAGCAGCAGCAGCAGCAGCAGCAGCAAAAGACUCACUCGCCAGCCCCUCCAGCCUCGCAACCUCCUCACCCCCCACAACCCCCUGCCGGAUACCAAACCCAACCGCGCCCUCUUGCUGCGGCCUCGCCAACCCCCUCUUCUGGCGCAUCAGGACAGACCGCAAUUCCUCCACCGAGAUGGCCCCAGUCCCACCCGUCGCCUUAUGCACAGCAACAGUUUAGUCCUUCGCCGGCCCCGGCUCCGGUCCCGACCCCUACGCAACUCCAAGCGAAGCCGGCUGAUACCCAGCGGCGCGUUAGUGCCCCGUUCAACAAACAACAGCAACACCCCCGUCCAGCAAUACCUCCUCACCUCGUUCCACAACUUGCAGCCACCCCUCAACCGGCACAAAAAGCCGCAAGCACGCCAAUUCCGCCUCCACAGACGCCUGUCACAGCACCUCCUACUUUUGUUCUUACUGGCUCUGGUACCAAGUGGACUUUGAAAUCAACACCUUCCACGCCUCGUCCGUCCGGGGCCGGAAAGGAAGUCGCAAGCCCCGCUUUUGAGCCACUGAGCCCGGUGCAACAACCUGCAUCUUUGCCUGCACCAACACCAUCACAAGCAUCGAAGAAGGCCAGCCCGAAGCCGACACCGGUACCUAUCCCGAUCCCGAAGACAGAGUUGAAGACCCCCGCACCUCGAGGUCGGGGCCGGCCACCUCGCAGCGCAAACAAGGUCCAUGCCGACACCACUCCGUCUUCGGUGGUUGGCAUGCGCAGGAGUCCGUCAGUGGCAUCUCAGACGGACGAGUUAUCGAUGGAUCACCAUGAGUUGGCGCCCAGAAUUAAGGAUGAGAACGCAACUCCUAGAGCGACUCCAAGAGCGACACCAAAGCCUCAGGAUGAGACAGGCGAUACCACUGCUGAUGAAAGCGUGCCAAGCCGAAGAAGCAUGGUCACUCCCAGCAGCGUUUCGUCCCGGCUCCCUCACAAACGCAAGCGUCAAGACACCCCGACCGAGCCGCUGCCUCUGCCCACGGCGCCCACUCAUGUCCUGUGGACGAGGCAGUUUGGCCGUGUGAGCGCCGCCGCCCUCGAUCAAAUCAGCGCUCAUAGAUUUGCAAAUCAAUUUGCAAACCCGAUUCGAGAGCGAGACGCGCCUGGCUACAAGACGCUCAUCCUGCAGCCUCAGGACAUUAAGUCCAUACGCGCAGCCAUCACUCACGGGAACAGAGCGGCUACUGAGGCCGCCAAGGCUCUGCCGGAGGGAGAUCCGGGCACUGGCUCUGUUCUGUUGCCAAUCAGUGACGACUUGGUGCCUCCCAAGAGCAUCAUCAACAGCGCGCAACUUGAGCGAGAACUGGUCCACAUGUUCUCCAACGCCAUCAUGUACAAUCUGAACCCCAGCCGCGGACCGGGCCCGGCUUUCAUGAAGGGCGGUACUGCAGCUGAUGGUGCCGAUGUGGUGGGAUAUGAGGUCGACGAGGACGCGGUCGUCCGUUCUACGAGAAUGAUGUCCAUGGAGGUUGAAAAGAUCAUUGGCGAGCUCCGUAAUGCAGAGAAGGAACGCACAGGUCAAGCCCAAUCCAAUGCUGGCAACACGAGGCCGGCGAGCGUAGCUACUGGCGAAGACACGCCGAUGGCCGAGGACGAUGUUGAUGAGCUGGCGGGCGAUACCGACUUGGGAUCGACAACGAGGAGACGGCGCGUAGGCACGAGAAACUAGGCGUUGCCUCGUAUUGCGCGCGACCCUGAUGAUUGAAGUGUGUUUUAUGCGUUAUUAAGGACUAGAAAGAAAGGACCAAGCAUCUGGGUCUCAAGGAAUGUAGGAUACUUUGAGCGGAACUGAGGGUCCGCCUUCGUAUGAUAAUGUUAUCAAUAAGCCCAAUUGUGGCCAUUGCGUUACUUGAG